AGAGGCGUCGAUUGGCCAUCGCCACCCCUCUCCUCAGGGCGGGCGCGGCGAGUGGCAGCUCCUUGGGUCACGGCUUCCGCCGUCGCCAGUGGCCUAGCUCCCUGCGGCUGUCCUUGGUCGCGCUUGACACCGGGCUGAAGUCAAGAUGACCUUACUCCAGCUUGUGCGUGAGCACUGGGUUCAUAUACUCGUCCCUAUGGGAUUCGCCUUUGGAUAUUAUCUAGACAGGAAGGAUGAUGAAAAGCUCACUGCCUUCCGGAAUAAGAGUAUGCUAUUUCAAAGGGAACUGAGGCCCAAUGAAGAAGUUACUUGGAAGUAAAAACGGAUUAAAUCACAGAAUGUUCACAUUUUAAAAGUUAUUGGAGAAAUAAAAAAAGUUUAUUAUUUAA